AUGCCGCUGUGCCUCACUUUCAUCGAUUUAAAGAAAGCCUUCGAUACAGUUGUGACCGAAGCGGUCAUGGAGGCCUUAGACAACCAAGGCGUCCUUACUCCAUACAUAAUGAUACUUCGUGAGUUGUACAGCAAAUUCACGACCAAAAUUUCCUCAUUCUACAAUGAUGUCAUAAUCGACGUGAAGAGAGGGGUUCGUCAGGGUGACACAAUUUCACCCAAAAUAUUCAGUGCCACUCUCCUGAACGCUAUGCGAGGAUUGCAAUGGGAUAGCAUGGGUUUGAAAGUUGACGGCCGGCAUUUACACCAUCUUCGUUUCGCUAAUGACAGCGUUCUCACCACAUCAAGCAUCAAUCAGGCGGAACGCAUGGUGGCUGAAUUUGAUAUAACGUGUAAAAAGAUCGAUCUUCAGCUGAGCCUAGACGAGACGAUGUUUGUGAGAAACGGAUGGGUUUCUGAUGCCCCAAUCACGUUCAACGGUACGAAUAUACCCGGCUAUGUAUAUAUAGGUCGUGAAAUCAACAUAAUGAACCACCUGACCUCCGCGCUGAGCAGAAGGAAAGGAGCGGCUUGGGGAACAUUCAAGAGCGUCGAGGAUAGCAGUGAAGGGGACCAAGAAUAUCCGGCUCCGCGCUCACCUAUUCAGCAUCAUCGUUCUUCCUGCUUUGACUUACGCUUCAGAAACAUGGGUGUUUCGCAGGCAGGAGGAAAAUGCGAUCAGCGUCGUUGA